GCAAAGGGAUUCUCCGUCAGAAACCAUAACCGUCCACAGUCAUGGUGUCCAAAGUUGCUCUUCUUCUCGCCGUGCUGGUGUGCAGCCAGUACAUGGCCCAAGGCGUCUAUGUCAUCUCCAAGGGAGAGUGGGGCGGCCGUGCUCCCAGCUGGACCGUAGCCCUGGGCAACUACCUCGGCUACGCCAUCAUCCAUCACACCGCCGGCUCCUACUGCGAGACCCGGUCCGCCUGCGAGGCUGUCCUGCGCAGCGUCCAGAACUACCACAUGGACUCCCUGGGCUGGCCCGAUAUCGGCUACAACUUCCUCAUUGGAGGUGACGGCAAUGUGUACGAGGGUCGUGGCUGGAACCGCAUGGGUGCCCAUGCCGCCGAGUGGAAUCCCUACAGCAUUGGCAUCAGCUACCUGGGCAACUUCAACUGGGACACCCUGGAGCCGAACAUGAUCGCCGCUGCCAAGAACCUGCUCAACGACGCCGUCAACCGUGGCCAGCUCAGCUCUGGAUACAUCCUCUACGGACAUCGCCAGGUCAGCGCCACCGAGUGCCCCGGCACCCACAUCUGGAACGAGAUCCGCGGCUGGUCCCACUGGUCCGGCUAGAGGCUUACGAUUACAUAAAUAAACCAAUCCGAGCACAAA